AUGUUGCUCCACCGGGUUGCGGUAUUGGGAAUCCUGGGGUUGGCAGUGGGUGUCGUCGGUGCCGAUUCAAACUCCGAUUCUACACAUCCAGCGCUGCCUCAGUGUGCGGCUGUCUGUCAGAAGCAGGUCCUGGCGCAGCAUUCGGCCGCGUGCGCUUCCUCGCAGAAGUCGUGUCUCUGUUCCAAUGAUACUGUCCAGACGGCCAUCACGAACUGCGUGACGGCUGGCUGCACGGGAAGAGAAGCUUUGGUGGCGAAACGUGCCAGCUCCCGUGCGUGCAAUGUGCCGUAUCACAAGGGCCAUCCCGAAGUCGAGGCGGCGACGCUUGUGCCGCUGAUUCUGGCGACGCUGCUGUUCUCGAACCGCAUGGUGGCCAAGAGCAUAGGGCUAGGUGGCGGAUGGGGACCGGACGACUAUACCAUUAUCGUAGCAGAGAUCCUGGCGAUCGUGCUGUUCGCUCUGAACGCCUCUAUGAUCCACUUCGGCUUCGGCAGCAACAUGUGGGACAUUGUCCCGAUGGACAACAUCACGGCCCUCUACAAGCGCUUCUACGGCUUCGUCCUCCUGUACAAAGCGCAAAUCUCCCUCGCCAAAAUCUCCGUCUGUCUCUUCCUGCUCCGCAUCUUCCAGUCGCGCCUCUUCCGCGUCACCACCUUCAUCAUCAUCGGCCUGAACGCCGCCAUCGCCGUGACCUGGAUCCUCACCGACGCGCUGCGCUGCAUGCCGCCGCGGCUCGCGUGGACCGGCUGGGCGGGCGAGGAGCCCGGCAAGUGCAUCGACUUUAUGACGGCGACCUUUGCCAACGCGUUCGUCAACAUCGGCGUCGACACCGUCAUGGUGUUGAUGCCGAUCUAUGAGAUUCUGAAGCUGAAUUUGAGCGCGCGGAAGAAGGCCGGGGUUGGUGUCAUGUUUGCUAUGGGUCUUGUGUGCGUCUAUAUCCCGCGAGGGUCGAUGAGAAUGGUUGCUGAUGCAGAUGACAGUCUCACCCUUGUUGCUAUCCUCCGUGUGGUGGUGUUUUGGUUCAACCGCUGGGGAAGUAAUCCCACAGUCGAGCUCCAACCGAUCGUCCACUGGUCCGUCAUCGAGGUCCAGAUCGCCGUCCUCUGCGCCUGUCUGCCCACCACGCGUGCCAUGCUAGUCCACCUCUUCCCCGGUAUCAUCGGCGGCUCAGCCGGGACGUCGUACCCGCAGCCGACCACGCCGUCUGGACGGGGCGCGUUUGCCAACAGUCGGCCGACGGGGGCGCCGAAGAGCGGCAUUGUCAAGACCGUGGCGCAUUCUGUGGAUUACGGGACGAGGCCGCAGCACGGGGAUACGGAUAGUUUUGUGCGGUUGGUGGAGAUGGACCCGGUGAAAUGA